AUGGACGAUGAUCUUGAUUACGUGUCACGCCGCCGCCAAAGACCUCCACGGUCUGCCAUCGCCGCGCUGCUCGGUUUACUUUUGCUGGUCAACCUCGCCGCGAGCCUGUACCAGUUGCCCCUGAACAGGGUGGUUGAAAGGCGUCUCUGCCAGGAAUACUACAGCUACCAUGAUCCGUCAAUCAUUGGACCGGGCGGUGACAUCGAGGAAACCUUUUGCAAGGCAGAUCCGGUACAGGCGGGCCUGGGCCGAAUUCAGGGUUUCAUGGACACAGCUUGGAUUGUUGGUGAUUUCGUGAUGACGAUACCUCUUGGUUUUGUGGCAGAAAGAUAUGGCCGAAGAGCCCUGCUUUGGCUUAACCUCGUUCCCAGGGUGUUUAUGCUCGCCUGGGCCGUUAUCGUCGGGAACUUCGACCAGGUUCUGCCGACGAAGGCCAUCUUAGCAGGUCCGACUUUAUCCUUUUUAGGGGGCGACUGCGUUUUCAACUCGAUAACCUACUCACUGGCCGCUGGAAUCACGGACGACUACGUGCUUCGCGCGUCCUACUUCGGAUACAUGAGCUCCAUUUCAUAUGUCGUCAAUUUGUUGGGACCAGCACUGGCCUCUGCAUCGAUGACAUUACUUCUUUGGCUUCCUUUCUGGAUCGGCAUCACGCUCCUUAUUAUGGCCAUUCCAGUCAUCUCGAUGCUUCCCGACCACAACACGGCAUUUGACGGCCGAGACGAGCAGUCUCAGCCCCUGCUAUCUUCCCCACUCCUUAAAGCCCAGGACUCAGGGCCUUCAUUUUUACAUUCAGUCAUUGAUCGCUUCCACGUGCUCCGCGCGGCACUGGCCAGCCAUCCUCGGAACUUCUCCCUGCUGCUAGCCUGCUUCCUGCUCGCAUCGCUGGCCAGCUCCGACACUAAGCUCCUCGUCCAAUACAUCUCCAAGCGGUACCAGUGGACAUUUGCGUCGGCAGGCUACCUCCUCUCUGGAAAGGCAGUUGUCAACUUCGUCCUCCUGACCAUCGUCGUACCUCGUGUCCUCCGCUCGGUCGCCGGGAAAGGGUCCCCAAAUGCGUCAGACCAUAUCAACUUCAGAUUUGCCAACCUUUGCUUCGGCGUCUCGGUCCUGGGCGCUCUAGCCAUCGCAGUUUCAGCGGCCAUUUGGCUGCUCGUGCCAGCACUACUUGUCUAUGCGCUUGGCUCCGCCCUCCCGAUCUUCACGCUAUCGUUGCUCAAGUCGCCAGCCAUUUGUUCUUCCAGCGCGAAUAACCAGACUGACGAAGACCAACAGUCACCUUCGCCGGGCGCGGACGCGGAAACGCAUAUCUUCUCUAUCGUAAUGCUGGUCAAGACACUGGGCUCGCUUCUGGGCGCGCCGCUGAUGGCGUUCCUGUGGGUUCGAGGCAUUGGCCUCGGCGGCGCUGCGUUGGGAAUGCCAUACUUCGUAAGCGCUGGGUGCUAUGCUGUGGCAAUCUUCAUCUUUUGUCGUAUUAGGAUCGUAUGA